UAUAUAUAAUAAAGGAAGAAAAAGGUUUCGACUGUGGUCAAGAAAUGGAGAUUAGCUAAUAUAUACAAGUUAGAAAAUAGGGAAAAGGUUGAAACUUUCUUCGAGAACCGAGAUUCUCUUAGCCUACAAUGAUAUACAUUACAAAACUCGCUCUGCGGGCAUAGGCUGCCGCUGCUCGGUCUCUGGUUCCUCCUUCCACCUUGCGCGUUGUUCCAGUUCUUGGUUCUUGUGUUGCGGAGCAGAGGACAGCUUGAGCUCGAUCUCCUCAGGCUCCGUCGGGGGCGCGUGGGUGCGAUCUGGAGUUAGAUUUUUUCUUGCUGAGGGCAAUGGGGAGGAGCAGCUCUGGAGGGGGCAUCUCCUCCUUCUUCGUGGCCUGCCUCUUGUUGCAGUUGGGCCUCACCACCGCUCAAAAAUGGCUGACCUUGAGUGGCAAUGCCCCUGCAAUAAUAGCUAAAGGAGGCUUUUCAGGAUUGUUUGCUGAUUCCAGUUACAAUGCCUAUAAAUCUGUUUCAUUAUUCAGUUCAAGUGAUACAACUUUAUGGUGUGAUGUGCGACUGACAAAAGAUGGUGUUGGGAUUUGUCUUCCAGACAUAACUUUAAACAAUUGCACUGAUAUCCAAUAUUCCUAUCCUCAAGGGAAGAAAUCCUACAUGGUUAAUGGUGUGCCUACAUCUGGAUGGUUCUCCGUGGACUACGACAAAAAUGAAUUAGCACAGGUUACCGUAACACAAGCAAUUUAUUCUCGAACAAAUGCAUUUGACUCCAGUGCAUCUCCCAUAUACUCUGUUGAUGAUGUGAAGACACAAAUUAAACCUGGUGCUCUUUGGUUGAAUAUACAGCAUGAUAUUUUCUAUAGGCAGCAUAAUUUGAGCAUGAGAAACUAUGUACUUUCUGUAUCAAAGCGUGUCAUUGUGAACUAUCUGUCCUCCCCAGAGUUGGCUUUCCUUAGUGGCAUAGCACCAAGAUUUAGGAACACGAAGACAAAGCUCAUUUUUCGGUUUCUUGGCAAGGACACUACAGAACCAUCUACGAACCAAACAUAUGGUUUGCUGUUGAAUAAUCUCACAUUUAUUAAGACGUUUGCUUCAGGAAUUCUUGUUCCAAAGAAUUACAUUUGGCCAACUACGUCUGACAAUUAUCUGCGACCCUACACAUCUAUUGUCACCGAUGCUCAAAAAUCUGGGCUGGAGGUUUAUGCAGCGGAUUUUGCAAAUGAUUACCUUUUUAGCUACAACUAUAGCUAUGAUCCACUGGCUGAGUGUCUCUCUUUUAUUGAUAAUGGUUUCUUCUCAGUUGAUGGGGUAGUGACGGACUUUCCUGUAACUCCAUCGGUGGCAAUAGGUUGUUUUUCUCAGUUAAACAAAAGCAGCAUUGAUCAUGGAAAACCAUUAAUAAUCUCACACAAUGGAGCCAGUGGAGAUUAUGCGGACUGUACUGAUCUGGCUUAUCAGAAAGCAGUUGAUGAUGGUGCAGAUGUUAUUGAUUGUCCUGUUCAAGUAACACGAGAUGGAUUUCUCAUAUGCAUGAGUUCUAUCGACCUUAUAGAAGACACUACAGUCACAAACUCACCCUUUAGAUCCCAAAUUUCUGUUGUACCUCAAAUUAAGAAAACUCCUGGCAUAUUCACCUUCAAUCUCACAUUGGAUGAAAUUCAGAAAAAUCUGAAGCCAACAAUUUCACAGCCAGAGUCACUGUAUGGUUUGGUGCGGAACCCACUAUAUAAAAAUAGUGGAAGCUUUAUGCGAUUAUCUGAUUUUUUAUCGUUUGCAAAAGGCAAGCCUCUGUCCGGAGUCUUGAUUAGCGUAGAGAAUGCAGCAUUUAUGGCGGAGCAAUUAGGAUUUAGUGUAGUGGAUUCUGUCAUUUCUGCCGUAAAUGAUGCGGGUUACAACAAGACUGCUUUGGAAGUUAUGAUUCAAUCCACAGACAGCUCUGUUCUGGUGAAGUUCAAGCAGCUAACGAAAUACAAGCUUGUCUACAAAAUUGAACAGCACAUCCGUGACGCUGUUGCUUCAUCAGUAGAGGAUAUCAAAACGUUUGCUAAUGCUGUGGCCCUUGACAAAGAAUCCAUUUAUCCUGCAACUCGUCUGUUCACCACAGGCGAAACGGGUCUGGUCUCCAAGUUGCAUGAUGCUGGUAUUGAUGUGUAUGUCUAUGUGUUUCAGAAUGAGUUUGUAUCCCAACCAUGGGACUUCUUCUCAGAUGCAACUGUCGAGAUCAAUGCACAUGUUCUUGGAGCUAGAGUGGAUGGGAUCAUUACAGACUUCCCAGAGACAGCUCGUCGUUACAAAAGGAACUCAUGUAGAAAUUUGGGAAACAGCAUGCCAAACUAUAUGCAACCUGUUUUAGCUGGUGGGCUGAUAUCGCUAAUGAACUCAGACUCAUUGCCACCUGCCCUAGCUCCGAUACCACCCUUGGAUGUCUCCGAUGUUGUAGAGCCUCCCUUGCCAUCUGCUACGGCGAAGGCUGUGGCCCCUGCUUCCGGGGGAACUGCAUCACCUUCUGCGAAGCCUUCAAGCGGGCAGCGAUCCCCUGCUUCAAUUUUAGUUCCACUGAUGAUGAUGAUAUGUGGAUUUCUCCUGCUUGUCUGAGUCAACUUCAGGUGAUUGAAAUGGAAAUCUAUGUUGGAGGAUAAGCCAUCGCCGAGCGAGCAUGCUGCUACUAAUAUGAUUAUUCCGGUUCCUUUGCUAUUAUUCUUUUUGACUUGAUUCUGUUCAUUCUACUCUAUUUUUCUGUGCAGCAUCAGAUCCGUGUAAUCAUUUCAAGUGUGGUAGUGUUGUACACAGUCGAUUAUAAACUCUUUUGUUGCAGUUGCUGCUGCUGUUCUUUUUAUCUCA